AUGUCGAUUUUUGGUCAUACCUUCCGUGUGUCAACGUGGGGUGAAUCCCACGGCCUCACUGUGGGCUGCGUGGUAGAUGGUGUACCUCCGGGUUUGGAGUUAACGGAGGAGGAUGUACAACCGCAAUUGGAUAGACGUCGGCCGGGACAGAGCACAUUGACCACAGCUCGAUCGGAGGCUGAUCAAGUUACCAUCAUGUCGGGUACAGAGAACGGCGUUACGUUGGGGACACCGGUGGCUAUGAUGGUUAAGAAUAAGGACCAGAGGAAGUUCGAUUACGCCAAUACUACUCUUAUACCACGACCAGGUCAUGCUGACUACACCUAUCAGGUUAAAUAUGGAAUUAAAGCGAGCAGUGGUGGAGGUCGGGCUUCGGCUCGGGAGACUAUAGGAAGGGUUGCUGCUGGUGCGAUUGCUGAGAAGUACUUGUACAAGGAGUUUGGCUGUGCUGUGGUGGCUUGGGUUGACUCUAUAAUGGAGAUAAGGUUGCCUGAGGAUAUCCGAGAUGGGUUCAAGUCGAGACCACCGACUAGGGAAGAAGUGGAUGCAUUUGGUAUCAUCCGCCAGGCCGCUUUGGAGGAUGAGGUUUACCUUAUAGAUCAUCAGGACAAUGUUUAUGAUGGGAUUAGUGGUAACCCUAUAAUAGGAGGAGGUGUGCUAGUUGGGGACCUCACUCUGACCAAUACUCAUUAUAUUCGUUGUCCGCAUGGGCCGACAGCAGCUCAGAUGGUUGCCCGUCUACUACAAGUGAAGGGAGCAAACGACAGUUGUGGUGGUAGUAUUGGAUGCUGUAUUACUCACUGUCCUGUGGGCCUUGGGGAGCCUUGUAUGGAUAAGUUUGAGGCUGAGUUGGCAAAGGGCAUGAUGUCACUACCAGCUACUAAAGGGUUCGAAAUCGGCUCGGGCUUCGACGGUUGCCGUACUCUGCGAGGUUCGCGUAACAAUGACCCUUUUGAAAGCGGUGUUGAUGGGGAAGGUCUCCUGCACACUCGUACCAACAACCAUGGUGGAACCCUUGGUGGGAUUACCAGUGGCAUGCCGAUAUACUUCCGGGUAUGCAUCAAAGCGGCGUCAUCUAUAGGAGUCGAGCAGGUUACCGCAGACUUCGAUGGGCAUACUCAGACGCUAGCCGUUAAGGGCAGGCAUGAUCCAUGUGUACUUCCUAGAGCCCCGCCGCUGAUUGAAUCCAUGGCGGCUAUAGUUACGAUGGACAUGGUCUUGCGACAGAGGGCUAGGGGGAUGCCGAUGCACACGUUGGGGACGGUAGGUGAGGAGGAUAAAUGAUGGAUAUAGCAUAGGAUGGUGAGCAGUGUCUAGGAAGUUGCU